AUGGCUGCCGUUGACGUUACUGACACCGGCGCCGCCCGCGUGGGCGACGACGACCUCAACAACCUCGACGAGGCGCGUGCCGUCAAGGCGCAGAUCCCGUCGUUGGGCGUGAUGGCCGGGCCACGUGACGGCGAAGAGUGGAUUGCACGCCUGAAGGAGGAGUAUGCCGCCCUCAUCGCAUACGCCGGCAACAACAAGGCCAACGCCACCGAUUGGUUCAAGAUCGAGGCAAACAAGAGCGGGACGCGGUGGUUUGGAACGUGCUGGUACGUCCACAACCUCAUCCGCUACGAGUUCGAGCUGGUGGUCACCGUCCCGGUCACCUUUCCCAAGACCUCGGUCGCCAUCCUUCUCCCCGAGCUGGAGAACAAGACGCCCAAGAUGUAUCGCGGCGGUGCCAUCUGCCUCACCGAGCACUUUCAUCCUCUCUGGGCUCGCAACGUGCCUCACUUUGGUAUCGCACACGCGUUAGCUCUCGGCCUCGCACCCUGGCUUGCUGCCGAGGUCCCGCACCUGGUUGCGCAGGGCAGCAUCGAGCCGGCGGCGGCAGCAUCCUCGGGUGAUGGCGCAGCGGGGUCUGCCGUCGGAAAUGGGGCAGCGUACGAGUAUGAGUAUGAAUCGGACGAGUAG